AUAAAAGCCCACGUGCUUUCUUUUCCCGCGACCAUUGCCAUAAAAAGAGCUCCCACUCUCUCUCCUCUUCACCCCCAAGUACUCCUCCAACCCCCACACAGCUAAGCAAGAGCAGGAGGGACAGAGAGAGAGAGGGUAGGGGUCGCCGGAAGUACAAUUCUAGCCUAGUUUUCUCGAGAAUUAGUCUCUAGGAUGUUCUAGAUCUUCCGUCUAGGAACGCUGCUUCUCCAAUUUAGUCUGUACGUACGUACUGGAGUCAUGGAGGGAAGAGGUGCUGGCAUGGGCGGGAUGCCGGGAGCUCCCCCAAUCAUCCUGGACGCUGGAGCUCAGGAGUACUACCCUGCAGUCGUUGGCGGCGCCGCCGCCUACCCGCCAUUCCUGCCGCUUACCCCGCAGCAGCUCUACUGCCCGCCGCCAUACCAGGCCAUGCCGCCUCCGCCGCCGCCGAUGGCCCUGCCCUUGCCGCUGCCGAUGCCAAUGCCGAUUCCGAUUCCGCAGCAGAUUGGGCCGACGGCCGCGGCGGCGGCGGCGGCGGUUGACGCGCCGGCGAGCCGCGCGGUGGUGCUGAGCCUGGUGCCGCCGCACGCGCAGGAGGGCGACGUGGCGCGCGCCAUGGCGGCAUUCGGCGCGGUGCGCGCCGUGGACGCGUCCGCGGUGCCGUCCGAGCGCGUGGCCACCGUGCACUUCUUCGACCUCCGCGCCGCCGAGCUCGCCGUGGCCGCCGUGCGCGCGCAGCACAUGCGGCAGCAGUGCCGCCUCAGCCAGCUCUACGCCGCCACGGUCUCCUGGCCUCCGUCGGCGGCGGGGCCAGGCCCAGCUCCUGCUGCCUGGGACUGGCCCCACGACGACAUCCUGGGCCUCGUCCUCGGGCAGGCCGUCUGGGCCCAGUUCGCCGCCGCCUCCACGCUCCCCGACGACGGCUUCAGCCGCGGCUCCCUCGUCGUGCUCAAUUCCCUCCCGGACGACGUCUCCCUCCUCGAGCUCCGCCAGGCCUUCCAAGCUUUCGGUGACUUGAAGGAUUUGAGGCAGUCGCCGCAUCGGCCGAGCCACAAGUUCGUGGAGUUCUUCGACACCCGCGACGCCGCCCGCGCGCUCGCCGAGCUCAACGGCCAGGACUUCUUCGGCCACCGCCUCGUCCUCGAGUUCACGCGCCCCUCGACCCCGGGCUUCCGCAGGCGCGGGUACGUGCUGCAGCAGCAGCCCAUGGCCCCGAUCCCGCCGAGGCUGCAACAGGCAUGGCGUCCGACGUUUCCACAGGCGUCGUCAUCGUCCUCAGGGACCGGCAGGGGGAGGGAAGGCGUGGUGCUCAUGAGGAGAUCAAGCUCUGCGAAAUCUAGCGGCUCAGGUGAUCGAUCCAAGGGAGGCAACAACAACAACAACAAUGGCGCCGGCAGGAGCCAUGAGCGGAAGGGCAAGGGCGGGAAGAAGCCCACCAUCGUCGUCGUGGCGUCAUCAUCCGCUUCGUCGUCGUCCACGACGGAGGCGACCACCGCGUCGUCGUCUGGCAAGCAGCAGUGCGUCAAGUCGGUCGGCCGUGCCGGGAGCGGGCGGAGCCACAGGGGCUGGAAAGGCCGGUUCGACAAGCAAUUCGAGUUCAAAGAGCCGGAAGCCGCCGCCGCCGACGACACCGACACGCAAGAGCCGGAGACGCGGACCACGGUGAUGAUCAGGAACAUACCCAACAAGUACAGCCAGAAGCUGGUACUCAACAUGCUGGAUGCGCACUGCAUCGUCCACAACAAGAAGCAGAUCGAGGCCGGCGAAAGCGAAUGCCAGGGGCAGCAGCAGCCCUUAUCCUCCUACGACUUCCUCUACCUCCCCAUCGAUUUCAAAAACAAGUGCAACGUGGGCUACGGCUUCGUGAACCUCACCUCGCCGGAGGCUGCCGUGCGUCUGCACAAGGCAUUCCACCAGCAGCCGUGGGAGGUCUUCAACUCGCGCAAGAUCUGCCAGGUUACAUACGCACGCGUGCAGGGCCUGGAGGCGCUGAAGCAGCACUUCAAGAACUGCUCGUUCCCGUGCGAGAGCGACGAGUACCUGCCGGUGGUGUUCUCGCCCCCGCGUGACGGCCAGCAGCUCACCGAGCCAGUGCCCCUGGUCCAGCCCUCGCUGCGCGCCCCGACCUCAAACGUCGACCCGCUGGCGCUGGACCUCAUGGCAGCCGCGCCUUCGUCGACGUCGGGCGACGGCGCAUCCUCCACCAUGUCCACCCACGCCGACGAGGGCCACGGCGCAAGCUGCAGCAACGAUGAUGAUGACGACAACGACGACGAGGGACUCGCCGAGGAGCUACAGCGCCUAGGCUACACCGACUAGCUUGGGUAAGCAGCUGCAGUGAGCAUUUGCUUCGAGAAGCUAGUGGCGGAGCGCAAAUGAUGAUGGCGUGGCCAUACCAAAGCAUAUCUUUGCAGGGGAUCCCUGCGUGAGAUGCAAGUGAAGGGUCAUUCACUCAUUUAUGGCAUGUGCAGAUGGGAACGACUGGAGAGAAGAAGCGAUUUGAUGUUUGUUUGGAGAGAAGUGUCAUCAUUCAUUCGUCAUCGAUCUCUGCAUGCAGGCGGAGUCGUGUUCCUUCGGUUUUAGAUUUGAUUUGAAGUUUCCGUCUUUGAAACUUGGGCUUACACUAGCUUGCUUUGCUAGACACCUGACUAUUCUUCGUCAUGCCUUUGUUCGUUCGUUUACAAGUUACCGCUCUCCGAGUUUCGAGAGGCGCCUGUGAUGAUAUGAUAGAUUUGAUCAGAUCCUACCGAAUCUGUUCUCUAACUCCAUAAAAUAAUUGACUUCGACCUCUCUUCUAUACUUCGUGUAAACAAAA